AUGUCGCUGGAAUUUCACGUUCGUUCCAUGGAUUCGCUCAACGCUUGGAUAUUUGAAAACGGAGAUCGAGACGGAGACCGAGGCCGUUGCUUAUGGGAUUUUAGCGAUUGUAUGCCGAUCCACUUACUAGUACUGGUUCUCGCUUUACUGGUUUCCCCAACUAAAUCCUGUUUCGGUGGUCUUGGAGGACUUUUCGGUGGAGGCGGAGGUUGCUGUCCACCACCAGUGGGAGGACCCAGCUGUUGUCCACCAAUGGGAGGCGGUGGAGCAAUAUAUCCUGGUGGAGGUGGUGGAGGUUAUGCGGUUGCACCACCUCCACCACCACCAGCACCUGCCUAUGUAGCACCACCACCAGCACCUGUUUAUCCUAGUGGUGGUUAUCCUGUAUCCGGAAAGAAAUAA